AUGUCCGUGAAGCCCCGCUCUGUCGAAACCCUCAGAGAAAGCAAGGAUAGAAGAACUCCUUUUACAAGCCCCAUUGGUCCCAGCUGUUGGGUGCCUGCCAAGUCUGUUGUGCCGGCGACUCGUGCAGACAUACCCCGACUCGCUUACAUCCAUGUUGUUGCUUGCCUUCUCGACAAUGCAUUUGCCUUACACUUUGAUAAUACAAAAGAAUUCGAGCAAAUAGUGACGGAGAUGCUCGAAGAUCAAAUUACUGCCUGGGCCUCGUGGAAUACUCCAACUGAUGCAGAGAUCCGAGAACGAGAUGAAAAGGCCGAGGCGAGGAUCUCAGCUUCGACAAAGGAUUUGGCUAAAGGCGAAUUCAACUUCCCUCCAGGUUUGCCAAUGUUCGUACAGGCUGAAACCAAUCGAUGGCUAGAGAGAUGGAGUAAAGGUCAACGCCCCAUUCUUUGCAAAUCUGUUUUUACAGAACCUACUUUUCAUGGACGUGGUAUGGGUAAUGCUCUCGUUGUAUACGGCAACAACUUGGUAGACCAAAAGGGGUUACCCGUCUUCAUGCAAGCUUUGCCUUUCGGCUUUUUACUUUAUACGAAGCAUGGCGUCGAGACCGUACAGUAUUUGGAUGUGAAUCUCAGGGAGUGGGCACCAAAUGCCAAGGGUAAUGAUAAAGGUUAUGGAAACUACGAGUUCCGCUAUAUGCAAAGGCUUCCACAAACGCUCCCGAAAUUUAUCUGA